AUGACGCUCCCCAUCUUCCGUCUAUCUCCACCACAGAUCACACCUGACCCUCGCAGCUGUUCAUACAACCACACGAUGGAAACAAACGACGAUGGCUUGGCUUCUUUGCCGCCUUACUUAUCACGACAUUUCCAGCUGGGUUUCGAAGCCGAUGACGUAAACGCGCUCAUAGAAGACAUCGAUGCGAGCCAGUCCUCACGGAUUCCAAAAUUGCCGCAUAUUCCAAUGGAAAUUGUGUGCAUGAUUGUCCAUCAUGUGUCUGUUGACUGUGCUCUACCUUGGCGGCUGGUCUGUCGCACAACCCGUGAUUAUGUUGACGGGCCGUUGCUUUACGAAUACAUACGAAGAAUAGAGCUGAUUGGACACUUCAACCUACUUACUGAAGACCCCACAGAUGGUGAUAUAGGAGUGGACUCGCAGAAACGGCUCUAUCGAAUGAGGUUUUUGCACGCUCAAUUUGAACGGCUAGAAGCACCCGUUGUGUCGAAGCAAAAAAGCGGACAGCGCCCUGCUAAAUGGGACGAAUCUCUCGCUAUAUUCCAAAUUGAUCAAGCUUGGAUCGAUGAUUUGACCGUCCUCAAACAGGAAUUGCCUACCACCAGUCCUGUCAUGGAUGCAUGGCUUUAUAGAGAAUUGGACAAACUACAAUUGUUUGAAGGAGAGCAAUAUUUUAGUACCUUGAGAUGGUGUAUCAGAGUUGACCAAUCGGUUGGAGAUUUGCAGUUUCCUAUCGAGGCGGCAAAGAAUUUAUUCACAGUAGAUCUUGGUAGCGGGCAAGUCUACGAAUGCAAUUGCUGA